CGGAGCUCGGCAGUCGCUCUUGAGCCAUGGUGGGGACCGCGCGUGUCCUCUCGCGUCCCGCGCACAGCGUUCGUCGCGAUGUAAAUAAGUAAACAUUGCAUCCGAUCGUGAAAAAACUGUACAUGACUGUGAUUUGGUGUGGCAAACUGGAUUUUGUGAUUGUUAUAGACUCGAACAGCAAGGACCAAUGUGUAUAAACAAUGUUUCAACUGCUAACUCUAUUAUUAGUGACUUUGGGUGUUGAUGGAGCUUAUGCUCCGAGUGGAGUUAAUAAUUGCAAUCGGGUGUCAGAUGGUGUCCCUCAGCCGGCGUCUCUGUGCCGAGUGCGGACACUCGAGGCUGACAGCUCCAGCCUGGCCGCGGCAUCCGGGGAUGGCUUGAAGCGUCUCGCCGUGGAAUGCAAUCAGCUGUUACUGUUUGAGAGCAACAUCGAAGCGAACUACUUUCAAAGAUUCUCUACACUCAGUGAACUAAGUUUAAACAACUGCAAACUCUUGAGAAUACCUGGGAAUGCUUUCGAAGGAUUACGUGACCUUAAAAAGUUGUCGAUUAGAUCGAAAAACUUCGACUGGAGCCCGAAUAAAAAUCUGGAGCUGACUCACGGAACAUUUAACGGCUUACGAGAACUGCAAACCCUGGAUUUGGGCAACAAUAAUUUGAAAGCUAUACCUUCAGAUGUUUUCUGCCCCCUGGAUAAUUUACAAGUGCUUAAUUUAACCGAUAAUAAAGUAAAAUCUGUCGACCGCUUAGGUUUUGGAAAAAGCUGUGGCUCGGACCUAUUAAGUUUAGAUUUGAGCAGUAAUGAACUGAAAUCAUUAAGUGAGGACUCUGAAAUAGUGCGGCUGAAACGGCUUCAAGAGCUAAGACUUCAACAUAACAACAUUACAGACAUUUCGGGUGAAACGUUUAAUGGGCUUAUUUCCCUAAGGAUACUUAAUGUUUCCUACAAUAGUUUACAAUAUCUCCCCGAGGGCACAUUUGCGAGCACGAAAGAGUUACGUGAGAUAUAUUUGAAUAAUAACCUGCUAUUUGAAUUAGCUAGAGGCGUUUUCCAUAGAUUAGAGCAGCUGCUUGUAUUAGAUCUAUCGAAUAAUCAGCUCUCGAGUGCACACGUCGAUGGCGGAACAUUUGUAGGACUGAUUCGCUUAGUCAUUCUGAAUUUAUCCAAUAACGCCUUGACGAGGAUAGAUGGUAAAACGUUCAAAGAUUUAUUCUUCCUGCAAAUAUUAGAUUUACGAAAUAAUUCCAUUGGAUACAUAGAGGAAAACACAUUUCUACCAUUGUACAACCUACAUACACUGAAUUUGGCUGAAAAUCGUUUGCAUUCAAUAGAUGAGUUUUUAUUCAAUGGAUUAUUUGUUUUGAGUAAACUAAAUCUCAAUAACAAUUUACUAGUACAUAUAGACCCAAAGGCUUUUAAAAACUGUUCUGAUUUGAAAGAAUUAGAUAUGAGCUCCAAUCAAUUAACCGACGUCCCAGAAGCCAUUUGGGAAUUAUCUCUAUUGAAAACUCUAGACCUCGGAGAGAAUUUAAUAACGGAUAUAAAAAAUGGCUCCUUUAAAAACUUAGAUCAGUUGACUGGACUCAGAUUAAUUGAUAAUGACAUCGGCAAUUUAAGUGUCGGGAUGUUCUGGGACUUACCUAGCCUUCAGGUGCUCAAUCUUGCGAAGAAUAAAAUUCAGGCAGUAGAGAGAGGAAGUUUCGAGCGAAACAAGCAACUUGAAGCAAUAAGGUUAGACGGCAACUUCAUAACAGAUAUUAACGGCGUGUUUUCCGCUCUAAUGAGUUUACUAUGGCUAAAUUUAUCGGAAAAUCAUCUCAUCUGGUUUGAUUACGCCUUUAUACCCAGCAACUUGAAAUGGCUCGACAUACAUAGUAAUUUUAUCGAGCAUCUUGGAAACUACUACAAACUCCAAGAUGAGUUACACAUCAAAACUUUGGACGUUAGUCAUAACCGCAUAGUUGAAAUAUCACCCCUGGCAAUACCUAAUAGUGUGGAAUUGUUAUUCAUCAACAAUAACCAUAUCAAUAAUAUUCAAGUGAAUACUUUCAUGGAAAAAAGCAAUCUUACAAGAGUUGAUAUUUACGCAAAUGAGAUAUCUCGUUUAGAUAUCAACAGCUUGCGGUUAGCCCCCGUGCCGCUUAAUAAAUCAUUGCCCGAGUUUUAUAUCGGAGGAAAUCCGUUUGACUGUGAUUGUUCGAUGGAAUGGCUGCCUUUAAUAAAUAAUAUGACUGCUAUGAGACAACAUCCUAGAGUAAUGGACUUGGAGAAUGUAUUGUGUAAGAUGACCCACACCCGUGGCGUAACUCAUAUUCCGCUAAGCAAUUUAAAAUCCACAGACUUCUUGUGCACAUACGAAACGCAUUGUUUUGCGUUAUGCCACUGCUGCGAUUAUUUCGCAUGUGAUUGCCAAAUGACCUGCCCAAACAAUUGUUCUUGUUAUCACGAUCCCACGUGGCAUACAAAUGUCGUUGAUUGCUCGGGCCAGAAUGCGAUCGAAAUACCAGAAAAAAUACCAAUGGAUGCUACCGAGGUUUAUUUAGAUGGGAACGACUUUAGAGAACUGCAAAAUUAUGCAUUCAUAGGACGAAAAAAUAUGAGAUCUCUUUAUGUAAAUUCGAGUGGAGUGGAAAGCAUACAGAACAGAACAUUUGCCGGUUUAUCGUCACUCGUUAUCCUACAUCUCGGAAAUAAUAAACUGAAACAAUUGAAGGGCUAUGAAUUUGAACAUUUGUCGCAGCUGAAUGAGCUCUAUUUGCAAGAUAAUGCAAUCAAUUUUAUUGCCAAUGCUACUUUUUCCACAUUAAGUUCACUGAAAAUUUUAAGACUUGAUGGAAACCGAUUAAUUGACUUUGCUGUGUGGAACUUGAACGGAGGAAUACAUUUAAAUAGCCUCGCACUAGGAAACAAUAUGUGGUCAUGCAAAUGCAGAUACUUACAAAAAUUUACCGCCUACAUAUCAGAUAACGUGAAUAAAAUAGUCGAUGUAACGGACAUUUGGUGUUGGAACACAGACGCCAAGUCACCCCAAAAGAAAGAACUUAACUUUAAUGGCACAAUAUGUAGCGACUAUUAUUCCGGAGAUUCCGUCGUAGAUAAUAUGCUCGUCUCUAAUUACAUGCCCAUGAUGGUUACGACACUGAGUGGUUUUAUGUUGAUUAUGCUAGUCAUUUUUGUGAUUUUCUUAUUCCGAGACGCUAUCCGCAUUUGGUUGUAUACGACUUGCGGCAUCAGAUUAUAUCCAUUUGUUGGGGGAUACGAUGAAACUGACAAGCUUUAUGACGCGUAUGUGUGUUACAGCCCCAAAGACGAUGAUUUCGUAAUCCAAACAUUGGCCGCCGAGCUCGAGAAUGGAAGCCCAUCAUAUCAUCUAUGUUUGCACUACAGAGAUAUUCCACAACAUGGAUCGGCUUACAUGCAAUGUACACUACCGCUGCCCGAGGCAGCCGAAGCGGCAAAGCGCAUCAUAUUAGUAUUGUCAAGGAAUUUCUUAGAAACGGAAUGGUCUCGCUUUGAAUAUCGGCAGGCUUUGCAUGACUUAUCCAAAAAUAAAAUACAUAGUUUCCUUAUAAUUGAAGAUAGUUCAGCCAUGCCUGAGGCACAAUGCGAUACGGAGCUGCGGCCGUACUUGAAAACUUGUUCCAGUAUAAAAUGGGGCCAAACCAAGUUUUGGGAAAAGUUGCGAUAUGCGAUGCCGGAUAAAAAAUUUAAGUCAAAGUCCACAAACUAUAGAAAUAAUUUAAGCUCGUACACGAUAAGAAAUAGUAUGCAAAAUGGAACGACUAGAUCGUUUUCGUUUACUGAAAAGAUGAGGAGGGCAGCUGACGGUUUGAGCACAGAGCCUGAGUUUCUAGAAGUGCGGCCGCCACAGCAGCUGCACUCGGCCUACGGUGCUGACGGUCGACCCCCUUCAGAUCAUAUAUAUUCCUCUAUAGAUUCUGAUUAUUCCUCGUUAGAGCGCGGCGGUAAUAAUAUUCCUGGCAGAAGAAGAGCCGACAUUAGGCACUGGCUGCCACCGCCGCCCAUAGUCGACCCCCAGUCACCCUCAGGCCAAGCCUACCUCGUCUAGUCGAUCCAUCUCAUUGAAUCAAAACUCUGUGUAGUCACAACGCUUCAUGUUUUUUGUAUUGUAUAACUUCGCAUUACGCGCUUUACCAAAUAGUUAAGAUUUCAAUCUAUUUUUGUAAUUUCCCGCCGUUACAAAGGGCGUUUCGUAAUGUUAAUGUAAAUAAUUCUAUAAGACUGCUGUAGUAAUAUGUGAAUUGUAAAUAAUUUGUAAAUAUGUGUCCAUAAUAAGUCGCGAGUAUACUAUUUAUAUAUUUUAAUAAAGCCAUUGUGAUAAUUUUUGCAAA